AUUUUUCAUCAUCCAACAUCACUAACAUCACAUCAUUCAUAAUUAUUUUAUUUUCACGGUGACAUUCCUGGCGUUUUUGUACUUAAGUAAUUAUUUUGUAGUGUAUGUUAUCAGUUUGAAUUUUGUGCCCGUGUUAAGGCUGUAGCCCUACCCGUGUUGGGUAUGACCGAUUUAUUGUAUGAAAUGUUCUUUAUGAUCCAUACUGCAGAUUAAAUAUGGACAAGAAAAGGCGAGAUGGAGAUUUUUUUGGAGUUUCAAACUUACCUGAAGAACGUCUUGAUGUUGGCAACCUCAGUAUCACUAUCACAGGUAAUGGACCAUUGGGCCGUGGUAGAGGCAGAGUUUGCCGUCUCCGCACUGAGGCAAGCACAUCAACCGAUUUUAAAUUAAAGCGCUCUGAACACGACAGAAAUUCUUGGAGAAAUUCUAAUCAAGCUGGCAGAGAAUUCAGUAAUAAUACAUCUGAUAAAACUGACUCCGGAUCGAGGAACCUUCAAAUGAGAGAUCGUAAUUCAAAAACUUUCAAUGUAUCACAAAGAAAAAACAUUCGAGUUCCUGCCAAAAGGUACGACGAUGAAAACGAUUUGUCCGGCGCUGAAAGUACAAUGAGCAGAUCAAGUACGUUUAGCGUUCCGUCAUAUCCGCGAUCAUCAUCAUCCGGCAGACAACGUCUUACGUUUUCAGGAACCGAAAGAACUAACAGGUGUGACAGAAAACCUGCGUUGAAUGAGCAAGCUGUUAAAUUUCAAUCCAUUGAAAAUGAACAAGGAUCAAGUCGUGCUGACAGAUUUCACAAGCGCGACCGUAGAAAUGAAUUUAAUGAAAGUAACGAUCGUGAAAACAGAAGUGAAAUGGGUCGUUUUAAAAGGCAAAAUGAACGUGAGGAAGAUAGAAAUGGAUCCCGAUCAUUUAAUAAAAAUGGCAACAGGAACGAGUCCAAUCGUCCGGAAAAUAAUUCAAGAAAUUAUAAUAAAUCUCAAAGAAAAAACGUUCAAGUUUCUUCCAAAACCUAUGACGAUGAAAACAAUUCGUCCGGCGCAGAAAGUACAAUGAGCAGAUCAAGUACGUUUAGCGUUCCGUCAUCAUAUCCGCGAUCAUCAUCCGCUAGACAACGUUUCACGCAUUCAGGAACCGAACGAACUAACAGGUGUGACGGAAAACCUAUGUUGAAUGAGAAAGCUGUUGAAUUUCAAUCCAUUGAAAAUGAACAAGGAUAUAGUCGUGCUGACAGAUAUCACAACCGUGACCGUAAAAAUGAAUUCAACGAAAGUAACAAACGUGAAAACAGAAGUGAAACGGGUCGUUUUAAAAGACAUAAUGAACACGAUGAAGAUAGAAAAGGAUCCCAAUCUUUGAACAAAAAUGGCAACCGGAAAGAAUCCAAUCGUCCGGAAAAACCUAAUCGUGAAAUGUUCAUAGGUUACAAGUAUUUGAAAGCGUUGUCUGAAAAAGAGCCGCACGAAAUGAUUCUCGAAAUUCUCAGACCAAAGGCUGAUAUCAAUUUUGUCUUGAAGAGAGAAGUAUUGCAACCAGAUUGGAUCAUGCUGAUUAUGGAAACAGUUCGUAAAUUAUGCGACUCUGAUUUUAGAGGUAACAGGAUUCAAAUUUUGCAAUUUUUUUGUGAAUCUCCCUUACUGGAUCAUAUAUCACGUUAUUUGGGUGAAAUCGCCUUGGAAAAUAAUUCAAAAAGGAAUGAAAGUUUGAAUUCUUUUAUAUCUAACCUCGUUGCUUUUUAUUCCGCUGUCAUCAAAACUAUACCGACAGUUGCAGUGGAUAAAAAUUUUAGCAAAUUUUUAACCAAAACUGAAAUGGGCGUUGUUCUGAUAAAACAGUUUUUACCGGUAAAAAUUGACGAAACUGUUGUGGAAGAACUAGCAAAUCUGAAGAAAAUGCUCGAAGAUGAAACCAAUAUACGAGUACGUGAAAAUAAAGUUGAGAAACCUCGUCGACAGUAUUUUGAACCAGUCAGUGAUAUGCCACCUCCGGAUGAUUUUCGCGAAUUGAGUUUAUAUCCAACGCAGGAAGAUUUGAAUCGAUACGAUUUCGGUUUCAUCAGACCAAAUAAAAUAAAAGGAGCGUACGAUGAUGUCAAUCAUUAUUUAGAUGUUCAAUUUCGAUUAAUCAGGGAAGAUUUCGUCGGUCCGUUGAGAAAGGGGUUGCGUAGUUACAAAGACGCGAUCGCGAUUCAAGCCAAGCCCAAGUACAAAUACGAAAGUGUGCGGUUUUAUCCGAAUGUGCGAAUAGAAAAUAUCGAAGUUACCAAAGAAAAUCAAGUAGCGUAUAUCGUGAAUCUCAACGCGAGUGGAAGAUUGAAAAAUGUAAAAUGGGAAUACAGCAAAUGGUUUAUGUUCGGCUCCUUACUACUAUUUACUCGUGAUGAUUUCGAAUCGUUUUUCUUCGCUAUUGUAUACAACAGAGAUCUAGAAAGGCUGAAAAAAGGACGCAUUCUUGUCAAAUUGGUUGGAGAUGAGCCAUUGCAGCAGGAAAUGUUGAAUCAGCCAUUCCUCAUGGCAGAAAGCGAAGUAUAUUUCGAACCUUAUUGCCUAGUGAUGAAAGCGCUCAAGGAAUACAACGAGAAUGACUUCCCAAUGAGACAGUUCAUCGUCAACGGAAACACCGCUGUAGAUCUUCCUGAGUAUAUUAAAAAAUCAGUGGACUUUUACAUUUACGACUACUCCGUUAACCUAGCAUUGAAUAAUAAUUGGCCGAAUCGUUCGAUCAUCGGUUUCGAUGAGUAUCAAUACAACGCGUUCAGGACCGCGCUGAGAAGUAAUUUUACUGUGAUUCAAGGUCCUCCCGGUACCGGAAAAACCUAUCUUGGAUUAAAGAUCGUCGAAGUGCUCCUGAAUAAUAUAAAUAUCAACCCCAACGUUUUUAAAACGCCCAUUUUACUGGUUUGUUACACGAAUCAUGCUUUGGAUCAAUUUCUUGAAGGAAUCUUGAACUUCACUCAAAGGAUUGUCAGAGUAGGUGGUCAGUCCAAAAGUGACGAGUUGAAACCGUACAAUUUACGUGGUCGAGAAAAUCUAAUAAACCUGCGCAGAGAAGCUAGAAGGUUACAACCAACUAUGAAUAAAUGUCGCGACGAAAUGAAAAGAAUUUUGUUUCAACUUAGAAAAAAGAGCGAGGAAAAGAAAAUAAUCGAAACUCCCGAAGGAAUCUUGUCAUUUGGAAUUUUGAGCGAAGUAAUGAAACCAGUUUUUAAACAGGCAAUAUAUAAUGAACGUAUCUUACUCGAAUGGUUACUGCCGAUAGAAAUCGACGACGAUCCUUCCGUAGCUCAAAACAGUGCUGAUGAUAAACUUACCAAUAAUGGUAACGUUGAUUCGGAUGAAUCUAUGGAAGUUGAAAAUGACGAAUUUCUCGACGAGGAAGAUGACGAAACAAUGGAAGCUAAUAUGCUGGUUAAUGACGAUGACGUUUUUGACGAGCAAGAAAUACGCUCAACUGAUAUGUCCGUGAAGUAUUGCGUUUCAUUGGAAGGUUUAGAAAAAGCAUUGCUCGAAACCGAUUCGAAGUUGUCCGAGUUGGAAAAAAAUCAACUCAAAUUUGAGGACUUCAGCGAAUAUCAUAAUGCGGAAUGUGAGCUAAUUGAGGAGCUCAAAAUCACUAACAUUCGACAUAGAAUGUUGGAUUUUUAUCUUCAAAGAGCUGCAUUGGAUUCGUCUGAGGAGUAUAAUCCACCUUAUGUCAACUUACACGAGAUACCGAUUGAUCAACGAUGGCGUAUUUAUUGGAGUUGGGUAUCGGCAUUGAAAAAUAAUUUCACGAAGCAGUUGAAAAAUUUGGACGCUGAUUAUCGUUCCAAGUUGCAACAGUAUGAAGAACUCAAACAAAUAGAGGACCUUCAUGUUGUGAAAAACUCUCUUGUUGUAGGAAUGACUACGACAUGUGCCGCUCGGCUUCAGCUUUUAUUGAAAACAUUGAGUCCCGCAGUUGUGAUAGUCGAAGAAGCGGCUGAAGUAUUGGAGGCUCAUAUUGUAGUUUCGUUGAGCAAAAAUUGCGAACACGUUAUAUUGAUAGGUGAUCACAAACAGCUGAAACCGAGUGCCGCCGUUUAUGAACUAUCGAAACACUAUAACAUCGAUGUCUCGUUAUUCGAACGCAUGAUCAACAAUCACAUGUAUUGUCCUCAGCUGCAGAUUCAGCAUCGAAUGCGACCCGAAAUAUCGAGCCUGAUUGUACCAUCGAUCUACCCUGAUCUAAAAAAUCACGAGUCUGUUUUGGAAUAUCCUUCUGUCAAGGGAGUUACCAAAAACUUAUUCUUUGUCGAACAUAAUGUUUAUGAAGAACAGGUGGAUAAUUCAUCUUCGAGAAAAAACAAAUUUGAAGCAGAUUUCAUGAUACAAUUAUGCCGCUACAUUCUUCUUCAAGGCUACACUGCGGACCAAAUUACGAUUUUGACCACUUACACUGGUCAAAUGUUCCUCUUGAGAGAGAUGAAGCGCGAUCACGCUAUUAUGAAAAGCGUGAAAGUCGUCGUAGUGGACAAAUACCAAGGCGAAGAAAACGAAAUCAUACUACUAUCGCUCGUGCGAAGCAACAAAGAAGGAAACAUUGGUUUCUUGAAUAUCGAAAAUCGUGUCUGCGUUGCUCUGUCGAGAGCGAAAAUUGGAUUGUACAUAAUCGGAAAUAUGGAUAUCCUGUCGAGUUCCAACUUAUGGAAAAACAUUAAAGAAGAUUUAAUUCAGCAGAAAGCCAUCGGACCGAAGCUAACAUUGUAUUGCGAUAAGCAUGAUGUGUAUACACAAGUAUCUCUCAAGAAAGAUUUUAACAAUGUUAUUGAAGGCGGCUGUCAUAACUACUGUCAUGAAAUUAUGGAUUGCGGACACAAAUGUCAACUUUUGUGUCAUAAAAUCGAUAUGGAACAUUUGGAGAAGACGUGUCGUGAAAAAUGCUUGAAAAAAUGCAUCGAAAACCACGAGUGCAAAAAGUACUGCUACGAGGACUGCGGACAGUGUACUGUACCAGUUGAACGUGCCUUACCUUGUGGCCACACGGUUACCUUACAGUGUUUCAAAGAUUACCUGCAACAUCCGUGUCAAGUUGAAGUCAGCGUUGUUCUAGAACAUUGUUUGCAUGAAGUCAAAAAGAAAUGUCACCAGUCAAUUGAAGAGGUCGAUUGUACUUUCCCGUGUGAAGAUCGACUGGAAUGCGGCCACCAAUGCGUUAAAAACUGUCAUAAGACCAAUGAUCCUGAUCAUUUAGAAUAUAAAUGUAAAAAGCCAUGCGAAAAAAUAAAUGACGGAUGCUCCAAGGAGCAUAAAUGUGAAAAGUUAUGUUUUGAAGAUUGCGGAAAAUGUAAAGUACGCGUUGAUUUUGCGUUGGUAUGCGGUCACUCGAUCAAUCUGAUGUGCUCCGCCAAUCUGGAUAGAAUAAAAUGUUACAAUCGGUGCAAUAGAAAAUGUUCUGAUUGUAACGUUAUUUGCCCAAAGAAAUGUUACGAGGAUUGUAAACCUUGCAAGAACAUAGUGAAAAAACGUGUACCAAAUUGUGGUCACGAAAUAAAAUUGGAAUGUUCGGUAGCACCAGAACAAAGAUUAUGCCGAGAACAAUGCCAGCGUGUUGCAAUUUGCGGCCACAAAUGUAAGUCACUCUGCGGGGAAUUAUGCGGCAUGAAGCGAUGUGAAGAAAUAGUCAAGUCUAAUCGUGUUCGAGCGUUGUGUGGUCAUGGAUACUCCAAUGUUCCGUGUUGGAGAAGAAACGAAAUAAUCGAUGCAGAAGAAUUGCUUCCUUAUUGCUCUGAACUAUGUGACGGGCUUCUGAAAUGUGGCGAUCUUUGUACCGGUACUUGUGGCUCUUGUUGGCAGGGUCGUUUACACAAAACUUGUGAAAAUAAAUGCGGCAACGUUUUGGUUUGUGGCCAUAGUUGUUCAUUUCCUUGUCGAAACGUGUGUCCACCCUGCACCAAAAACUGCCAGUACAGAUGUAAACAUUCCAAAUGUCCAAAGAAAUGCGGUGUGCCUUGCGUCCAUUGCAAAGAAAAAUGCGAAUGGCGAUGUGCUCAUAAGAGGUGCUCCAAAAAAUGCGGUGAUGUUUGCGACCGAGAUCCGUGUUACGAACCUUGCGCUAAAAAAUUGAAGUGUGAUCACGACUGCAUCGGAUUUUGCGGAGAGCCUUGUCCAGAUAAAUGUCGUAUUUGCGAUCAAGACGAAGUUACCACUAUUCUUUUCGGUAACGAAGACGAAGAAGAUGCGAGGUUCGUUUUGCUAGUAGAUUGUGGCCAUUACAUCGAGUCUGAAGCGAUGGACAGGUACAUAGCUUUACCUGCUGAAAAAGGCGAAAUAGUUAUGAAAGUGUGCCCUAUCUGUAAAACGCCGAUCGCGAAAACACUACGUUAUAUGAAUCAAGUGAAAAAGGUUUACCAGGAUAUCCUAAAUGUGAAGAAGAAAAUAUAUGGUAACGAAAAAGAAAUGAAAGAGAUUCGUGCGCGCUUGACGCAAAAACUGCGAAGUUUGGAUUUGAACAACGAUCAAUUGUUCAGAAAAGGUCAGUUCGAUUUUGAAGGUUUUCGUCAAGAACUUCUCGUUCAAAUACCCGAAAAAGUAAACAACACGUCGAACAGAAAAGGAUGUUCCGAAUUAAAAUCAUUACUUAUCGCCGGCGAAUCUUUCGUAAAUAUCGCUGAAAGAUUGAACGACAACUUCUCACGUAUCACUAAAGAAGAAUUGAAAGCCAAAGUUAUGAUUAAAGUGAACAGAAUCCUGCAGUCGUUCAAGGCGAAAUGUGCGACUUUAAAAGAAUACGAAGUUGAAUUUCUCGAUUCGGAAUUACAAAGACUGGACCGAUACAUGCAUUUGUACAUAAUCCAGUGUACUCCUAAAUUUAUCGAAACAAACUGGGGUAAUUCGGUUGAUUUCAAGUCCGCUGUUACUCUUUUAGAGAGAAUUGAUUUUUCAAAAGAUGUCGACCAAAUUAUCGAACAGAUUUUGAAAAGAUUUGAUCAAUUGCAAGUCGGCUUGACUGUGAGGGAAAAAGAUAGCAUACGUGAAGCUUUAGAGCGUGAUUUAGGACACGGCAUGCAACAAGGGCAUUGGUACUCGUGUCAUUGUGGUUAUGUUUAUACAGUAGCGAAUUGCGGUAUGUUUAAUCAAAGUAGUAGUUGUCCUAACUGUAAAGCUGUAAUCGGAAGAGGAUCGAGUAACGCUCACAUUCAAUCGAAUUAUUGGCACACCGUAUCUCGAAACUAAGUGAGGAAUUUUAUAUGUGAUAAUUAUUACGAUUAUUUUGAUGGACGAGCUGAUUAAACAAAUUUUGGCUUUUUAAAUUCAUAGAUUAGAUUCUUGUGUUUUUUUUGUUUUUGUGAUUUUUUUUUUUUUUUAACGAAAUUUCGUUACCAAUUUAUGUAUGAGUGAUACAUACCUAUAUGUUUACCUCGAAAAAAUUCUUAAAAUUCAAACCCAAAAAUAUUCGUUGUUACCUGAGCUUUUUAAAAAAUUAUUUUUUACCAGUUUAUGUGAUAUAUGUAAAUGUAUGUAUUAUGUGUGUGUGUUUUUUUUUAAUUUCCUCAAAUGCAGACUCGCGAAAUAUUUUUUUGUUGACUGAAUAUUUUUGAAAAUUAUUUUUUGAAGAUAGACCUAGUCUAAAAACACGAAUUGAAAAUUUGUGGGAUUAUUGAGGGAGUUAGCUAUAAAAUAAGGCCGCAUGACCUCAGUAAGAAGACGUAGGAAAAAUUUCAAUUUCAUCAGUCAAUAUUCAAUUCGCUCCUACCCGGCGAGAGCAAGCUCAAAGUUAUAGAAAAAUUUUAUCGUUUAAAUGUCACUUUUUUUUCAAAAUGAAUACCUUGCAAUUUAAGCUUUAAAUUAAUGUUUUGGACCUAAUACGUACACAAAUCUUAUGUUUCAUCGGCGCUUUAAUGAUACGUCGCAGCUCAUUCGUCAAUUUUUUUUCUCGUUUUGUAAGCUAUGUAGUUUUAAAAUGUUUUCCUAAUAAUAUUGUAAGUCUAUUUAUAACCUUUUACGCGUUUAUUCUCAUUUUUUACUGUUUUUAUAAAUUUCCUACCCACGUAUUUACUGAUUUUUACGAGUUCAUUUAUAAUACAAAUUAUUCGUGAUUGUAUUUUAUACUCUUGAAUAUUUUUUCAUAUUGUAAUCGGAUUAUUUUGUUUUGUGAAAUAAAUAAAAUUUUCAUCUCGUU